UGUAGCCUUCAUUUCAAUUUUUAUGAUUUAAAUGUUGUUGUUGUUGUAUUUUUUAAGUGUUUCUUUUCAUUUUAAAUCCCCUCUGCUAAUGUGGCAUACGCUCGUAUCUGUAGUGUGUUUAUUGACAGCGACACCUCCCCUGCAGUGUGUUGGGCUGUGUGCGCUCCCGUUAUUGUGUGUUGCCUCCGGCAUGUGCAAAGGAAGACCUCGCUGGUUAUAGGGAAAGAAAGAAUUCCCGGAGGACUCUUGACAUCUGUUGUGGUUUUCUUCCAUGGCGACCCGGCAUCACCUGGUUUGUCGCACCGCCCCGACGCAGAUCGACGAGGUCGUUCGACGUAUUGUCCGAGAAUACCUGCUGGUGCAGGACACGAGAGCAAAGGUCACGCUCCCUGGAUGAAAUGCGUUAGUCUCGGGCUGCUCUUUGGAGGAUGGAUGAAACAGGUGACGUUAGCAUCGGCGGUAACCAAUGGCAGAGACUGCUCAGGUGGCAACGGGGGAAGAAAGUGUCGAAGGAAGGAGAAGAUGGAGUCAAGGAUGAAGAGAAGGGAAACGCCAAUCUGAAGCUGUGGAAGUGGAACAUUAACUGGAAUGAGUGGGCUAUUGAUCCGGCAGAACAGUUUUAUUACGUCUGGCUCCAGGUCAUGAUCUUUCCCGUCAUCUACAACUCAGUGAUCAUCAUUUUGAGGACGUGCUUCACUAUGAUUGCAAUAAGCUACCUGCCUGUGUGGCUCACACUGGACUAUCUGGCAGACCUCAUGUAUCUGGCAGACAUGCUCAUCACUGUGCACACAGGUUACUUGGAUCAGGGCAUGCUCGUCAGGGACGUCGCUCAGCUGAGGAAGCGCUACCUGCACUCCAACAACUUCUUCCGGGACCUGGCUUCCCUGCUGCCGACCGACUUCCUCUACAUCGCCUUCGGCAUCCAAGCCCCGCUGGUGAGGAUCAACCGACUUCUCCGCAUCCCACGACUCACCGAGGCCCUGGAUCGCAUGGAGACGAGAACCUCCUACCCCAACACCUUCCGCAUCUCCAAGCUCAUGAUCUACAUCUUUGUGUUGAUCCACUGGAACGCCUGCCUCUACUUUGCUCUGUCCGGCUACAUCGGCUUCGGGAGCGAUCGUUGGGUGUACCCCAACAUGACCGACCCGGCGUUCGCCGCCAUGCGCCGCCAGUACUUUUACUGCUUCUGGUUCUCGGCCCAGAUUUUCACCACGGUGGGAGACACGCCGCUGCCCAAAAGGGAAGAAGAGUACUUGUUUAUGAUCGCAGACCUGCUCAUCGCCGUGCUGGUGUUUGCGUCCAUUGUCGGCAACGUCGGCAACGUCAUCACGAGCCUCAGGGACCGUGACAACGUCUUCUUCCCGGACCAUGAGCCGGUUAAGGCCUACCUGCGUAGCCAUCACAUCAGCAAGGAGCUCCGACAGCGCAUCGACAGCUGGUACCAGCAUCUCCACAUCAACAAAAAGAUCAUGCGAGAGAAUGAAAUCCUGGAGCACCUGCCGGUUCACCUGAGGACCGAGAUCGCCGUCAGCGUCCACCUGCCCACGCUCUCCAAAGUCGCCAUCUUCCAGAGCUGUGAGAAGAGUCUGCUGGAGGAGCUGGUGCUCAAACUAACGCCACAGGUGUUCAGCCCGGGCGAGUACGUCUGCAGGAAGGGAGACGUGGGCCAUGAGAUGUACAUCAUCAGAGAGGGGAAACUUGCAGUUGUAGCAGAUGACGGGGUCACGGAGUUCGCCGUGCUGGGUGAAUCCAGUUUCUUUGGGGAAAUUAGCAUCCUCAAUAUCAAAGGGAACAAGUCAGGGAAUCGCCGCACCGCCAACAUCCGCAGCAUCGGCCACUCUGACUUGUUCAGCUUAUCCAAAGAAGACCUGACGGACGUGUUGUCCGAGUUCCCUGCAGCCAAACGUCACCUGGAGGAGAAAGGCCGACAGAUCCUCACCAAGAUGGGCAUGCUGGAGGAGAGCGGGGAGCAAGAGGAAGGGGAGGCCGAGAAAGUCGAAACCAAGAUAGACAGACUGGAGACAAAACUGGAAAUCCUGCAAACCAAUCUCGCUCGACUUAUGGCGGAGUUAGAGUCGAGCCACUGCAAGAUGCAGGCCAGGGUGGAGCAGCUGGAGUGGGAGGUGGUCGGCUGGGAGCGGGAGGAGGCCGAGGGGGAGGCAGAUGAGGGUUCGGAUGCAGAGGAGGGGAAACAGGGAGAGGGAGAGGAUGCUGAUGUAAGCAAAGAGGGCGAUGGAGAGAGAACUAAAAGUACAAAACAGGACGUGGAAAGGAUGAUGGAGGGAGAUAAAGGUGGGAUGAAAGAACCGGAGGAUCAGGAAAAGACAGAAGAGGGCGGAGAGAAAAACGGUGAGAAAGGAGAUGACAGACCCGGGAAAGGAGAUGGGGCUGAGGUGGCACACGAAGGUGAGAAAGAAGAGGAAAGUGGAGAGAGAGAAUCGGAAGAGGGCAGAGAAAAGGCUGAAGAAGACUCAGAAUUAGGAGAGACUGAGCAGAAAGAUGAAGGGCUGAACAAAUAAGGAAUUAAAAACUAAAUACAUGUUUUUUUAAAUCUAUGUUUUUCUGUGGGGAUUUGUUUGUUUUAUUUUAAUUACAAUAUUGAAGAUCUUAAUAUGGCAUUGACGCGCUGCAAUACAACGAUGUGCCCCUAGAUGGCAGCAUUAUACCCCCACAGUGUGUAUGUGUAUCAUCCCAAACUGUUAAACUACAUAAUAGAUUUACCUUUUUCACUCACUUCUUUUUCUUUCUUUUCCUUUUUAAUUCAAUGGAGGAACUAUAGAUUUUAGACCACCUUGGAGUACUAAACCUUUCUCCGAAAAUACCUGAAUUAAUGUAUUCAAAUUGCAGGCCCCUUUUAGGUUGUGGCUGGACAUUAUUUUCAUGAAAAAAGUGCAAAUAAAACAAUAUAUUCAAAACUCGAUUCACAUGAUAAUACUAAAGUCACCAUAUUCCCUGCAGGGUUCUUUUUCGGAGACUUCUGUCUUAAUUAAGUUGCAUAUAUGUUGUAUACCUGCAUAGGUGCUAACUAAAUAAACUAUAUGAUGAUGAA